AUGAAGGCCAUCGUGAUCGAAAAAUUCGGUGGACCCGAGUCUCUCGUGAUCAAAGAAGUUCCCCAACCGGAACCAGCUCCCGGAUACGUGGUGAUCCGUGUGAAAGCCUUCGGCGUCAACCAUGCCGAAAUGCACAUGCGAAAAGGCGAGUGGGCCGAAUGGGUACCUAUCAGCGGCAUCGAAUGCGUCGGUACAGUGUCCGCAUGUCCCGGCGGUGAAUUCGCAGAGGGAACUCCCGUUGCAACUGUCAUGGGUGGUCUUGGACGCACUGUUAGCGGUAGUUAUGCGCAGUUCACCAAAGCCCGGGUUUCAAAUGUUGUGCCACUCGGUCCGGCAGCUUCAAAACUUCCUUGGGACCAGCUUGGUGCGAUCCCAGAAUCGUAUGCUACUGCAUGGACUUGUCUGUUCCGAAACCUUGAGCUUUCGGAGGGUCAAAAACUUUUAAUUCGUGGUGGGACCUCUGCAUUCGGUAGGGCAGCUAUUAAUCUCGCGGUUCACGCUGGAGUGCAUGUUAUCGCGACGACUCGAAAUGUGGAAGAUCGGGCUGCUGGACUGAUAGCCCUUGGCGUGGAGAAAGUGGUGAAAGAAGAACAUAACUUGUCUGAACAGCUUCCCGAAAAGUUUGAUGCGAUUCUCGAGCUUGUGGGUAACAGCACCAUCCUUGACUCUUUGAAAAUGGUUCGCCGUGGUGGCAGAGUUUGUCUGGCGGGAUUUCUGGGCGGCCUAGCCCCAAUCCCAGAUUUCAAUCCCCUUCUGCAGAUGGCAAGUGGUGUUCAUUUUAGUUUCUUUGGUAGUUUUGCGUUCGGGGCACCUGAAUUUCCCCUGUCCGAUGUGCCUCUUCAAGAUGUCGUUGAGAUGGCUGCAAGUGGAGAAUUGAAUGUUAAGCCGUGGAAGGUUUUCAAGUUUGAGGAUAUAGGUGAAGCGCACCGGUUGAUGGAGAAUAAUGAGGCACAGGGGAAAAUGGUUGUUCUCGUGGACUAG